UCCAAUAAUCAUAUCAACAAUAAUAACUACAACAAUAAAAAACAACAAGGGCAACAAAAGGGAAUAAAUAAAUAAAUAAAAACAUAUUACUUUGCCUUCCUCUCUCUUUCUCUCUCUCACUCUCUCUUCCUCUCCCUCUCCCUCUCUUUUUAGAUAGAGACAGAGGCAGCAAGAAAGAGUGAAAGACACCACAGCACUGACACUUCCUUCAGUGUGGUGGGGCCAAGCUUGAACUUGGGUCAUGCACAUGGCGAAGCAUCAGAGCAAACUAAAAUUUCUGCACAGUAAUAGGAACCAUAAAAAAAAAAAAACCUCCAUCAUGGCGUCUAUGCAGAAACGGUUGCAGAAAGAACUGUUGGCUUUUCAAAAUGACCCACCUCCUGGGAUGACGUUAAAUGAAAAGAGUGUUCAGAAUUCAAUUACACAGUGGACUGUAGACAUGGAAGGUGUACCAGGUACCUUAUAUGAAGGGGAAACAUUUCAACUUUUAUUUAAAUUUAGUAGUAGAUAUCCUUUUGACUCUCCCAGAGACGACCAUCAGAUAAUUCAUUUUAUGUUUGAACAUGUAACAAGAACUCAAAGAAAACAAAAUGGUAGUAUCAUGAUGAUACUUGUUGAUGCCACUGUUACCAUCCUCCUAUCAGAAGACAGUCCUACUGAGAAAAUGAGCACUUUGACCAUUCAGUCUUUGAACUUUAACCUUUGACUGGAAGUGACCUAUAGGCAAUGUAGACUACUUCCUUUUACUGCAUUUCUACUCGUCUGCAU